CCCCCUUCCCCCCUCUGACAUUACAAACGUGAUUCAGAAGACAGGGAGAGAUUUUUUUAAGUUAGAGGAGAAUGGAUUCUCUUUUUCAAUGCUAGUUAAGGAUACUAUAGACCCAGUUAUCAAGUUUCAUGUUGGAUUUAUUAACUACAAAAAGGUAAGAUGUUUUUUAUUCUGGUGCCGCUCUGCGCACACGAGUUUGUUAGCUAUCUAGCUCAAGCUUGUUAGCAAGCUAGCUCAAAGGACAGUCAGUUUCUCCAUACAAGCCGCUACUCAUAGGUAUAAUUCUGUGGACCUAAUUCAGAUAAUGCAUGUCAUAACAAGAUGCCCAGAUCUUCAAGCCUCCUCCUCAACCCUCUCUCCCCACCCGUAAAAUAUCAGUUGCAUCUUCCGUUAUAGGCUGCAUUUCUGUCCAUCACGCAUGUAAACAACUAGUUUGCCUGUUCUAUCCACACUGAUUGGUGAAGUAAUUUAAUGAGCUAAAUGUAAAAAAAAACUGUUGAUUUCACAGGUUAAAAAAGAAACGAAAGGAAUGAUAUAAACCAGGACUUUUUGGGGGGGUUCAAACCAGUUCAGAUUUUAUUUUUCUGGUCAGAACAGUGUAACGGAACAACAACAAAGUGGUUCUCUUCAGGACAAAAUGAUUGGGAAAUCAUUUUGGUUCAAAUCCCUAGGUCUCACUGCCUCCUUAGCUAUGUGGUUGACUGACUGUACAUGUAGUUGACUGACUAUUAGUUUCCACUCCUUGAGUCUAUUUUGUUGGAACUAUCUUUGUAUCUGAGUGACUUCUGCUAUGCUCUUUAAUGUGAAACACUUAUGUUUUUAACUUUUGGCAUUGUAUUUUCAAACUGUAAAUGAUGGCUUAAAUUAUGUUUGAUUGAUAAAAUAGUAUUUUGUAUUGUAUAUGAAUGACUAGUGUAUUUUAAGAAAUUAAAAUGCAUACUAUGAAUCAUCAUUUUCAAGUCAAACCAAACACCACACAAUCUAACAUGUCAUCCCACUAACUAGUCUAGAGGGGUUGAUUGAGUUGAAGGGAUGUGAGUUGAACAUGGAGGUCUUUGCAUGUUUCAGCUGUGGCCUUGGCACAGUGACAUUAUCCUUAAUCCUCCAGAUAAGACAGCAGAGAGGGAGGCCCUAAUACCAGACCAAGGUCUACUAACACGUCUGCUAUCACAGGGAGAUGGAGAGCUUAUGAAACUGGAAACAAACUCAACAGACACCUAAACCAUCUUUUUAAAACCCUCCCAUAACAGACAUGUCCAGUAUGUUACUCUAGAAUCUUGAGCUGUUCAAAAUGUCACAAAACCACCUGCAAUCACAUACACUUGGCAGUUUAUGAGAGGAUAAAACUACUUCAACAUAUGCUACUCAUGACCAAGCUGAUCCUAAUGCAGAUCCGGAUUAGGUUUAAAAUCUGGAAUAAAUGACACAGGAUGAAUAUAUAGAUGUUUUAUAGAGCAUGUAGAGAAUCAGUGGCCAAGCCUGUCAAAAUAAACCAGCCAGAGCCACUAAAUCUGAUAAACUGACUCUGGUCAGUUUAUCACUGUCAACAGGAGACAAAAACAAAUUGUUAGUCAGACGUCGCCUUGACAUUCAAGUCUUUUGUUUUCCAUAGCUGGUCUGGGACCUGUAGCCUUGGCGUCCGUCCUUGGCAGAUACUGGGAAAUAAAACAUCCCYGUCCUCCCUCCCUCUCUGCGUAUGCCUGCCUGUAGACCUUGCCUCACUUCUCACCCCAGAGUGGCAGUUACCGGCACUUCUAGCACAUUCCCUCAGGCUAGAAAAGGGGAGUUUUCAGAGAGGGGUGUUAAGUUAGUGUCUGCCAUGCCCCCGGGAUAGCAGAGGAGUUUUAGGACGGGACAAAGAGCAUUGGUCAUUCCCAGUGCCUAGGAAAGGGAGUUUUCUGAAAGGGGUAGUAGGUUCAGAGUUUGGACUGGGCCAUGUCUCUGCAAGGUGAUGUGUGUGUGGUGACAGGAGCCUGUGGGUUCCUGGGAGAGAGGCUGGUCCGACUGCUGCUGGAGGAAGACAAGCUCACAGAGAUCCGUAUGCUGGACAUACAUGUCCGACCACAACUCAUACAGUGUCUGGAAGAGAUCAGAGGGGACACGCUGGUAAGUGUAUUUGAGGGGGACAUUAGUGAUAGUGAGCUGCUGAGGAGAGCGUGCAAGGGAGCAUCGCUAGUCUUCCACACUGCGUCCCUCAUAGACGUCACCGGGAAGGUGGUCUACAGUGAGCUUCACAGGGUCAACGUCAAAGGAACCCAGCUCCUUCUGGAGACAUGCGUCCAGGAGAAUGUGGUGUCCUUCAUCUACACCAGCAGCAUCGAGGUGGCCGGCCCCAACGCCAACGGAGACCCCAUCAUCAACGGUGAUGAGAACACACCCUACACAUGCUCCCUAAAGUUCCCCUACAGCAAGACCAAGAAGGAGGCCGAGCAGGUCACACUGCAAGCCCAGGGUGAGGUGCUCCAGAAUGGGGGCCGGCUGGCCACCUGCGCCCUCCGACCCAUGUACAUCUAUGGAGAGGGCUGCCGUUUCCUGCUGGGCCAUAUGGGAGACGGGAUUCGGAACGGGGAUAUGUUGUACCGGACCUCCCGCCCGGAGGCCCAGGUGAACCCUGUAUACGUGGGGAAUGCGGCCCUGGCCCACCUCCAGGCCGCCCGCGCUCUGCGAGACCCCCAGCGGAGAGCCGCCAUCGGAGGGAACUUCUACUACAUCUCAGACGACACGCCGCCUGUCAGCUACUCUGACUUCAACCAUGCUGUGUUGUCGCCGCUGGGCUUCAGCAUCCAGGAGAAGCCUAUCCUGCCCAUCCCAGUCCUCUACCUCUUCUGUUUCCUCAUGGAGAUGCUGCAGAUACUGCUCUGCCCCUUCAAGCGCUUCACACCGCCCAUAAACCGGCAGCUCCUCACCAUGCUGAACACGCCCUUCAGCUUCUCCUAUCGGAGGGCUCAGAGGGACAUGGGGUACGCCCCACGGUACAGCUGGGAGGAGGCACGCAAGCGGACCAUGGAUUGGGUGGCUUCCCAGUUACCCAAGGAGAGAGAGAGAAGUAAGGCAAAAUAAUUGCCCCACGAUCUGCUAAUAACACAUAGCAUAUAGCUCACCAUCCCCAGUCCAAGUGUCUAAUCCUCAUUACUGCACUCUGUAAAAGUUUAUAUUAAAGUUGUGUGAAAAACAAUC